CCCCGCAUCACUUCCGCUGUUUCUCCUCUCCUCUCUCCAGCAGUCACCUCAUCCUCCGUCGGUCUCACGUCUAAUUUACGAGCUCUCUAGCCGGAGGUUUACGUGCCUUUGCAUCCACCUGACAGUAUUCACUGAGAGAAAUGUCUGCUGCCGGAGAUGUGCCUGCGUUCUUCCAGAACAUGGGAAGCUCCAGCCCCAACCAGCCACGGCAGAAAUUCUGUGGCAUGUUCUGCCCGGUGGAGGGUUCGGCCGAGAACAAGACGCUGGACUUUGACUCGCUGUCCCCAGGGAAAGGUCGAGUGAUCGAGAGGCAGAAGGAUAUCUCCAAACCACGAAAGGUGGAGAUCAGGAGAAGUACUGGAAAAGAGAUUCUGCAGAACCUAAACGACGAGAGUGAUCGUCUCUUGAUUAAAGGGGCGAAGAUUGUGAACGAUGAUCAGUCGUUCUGUGCCGACAUCUAUAUGGAAGAUGGCCUGAUCAAGCAGAUUGGAGAGAAUCUGAUAGUGCCUGGCGGGGUAAAAACCAUCGAUGCUCAUGGGCGUAUGGUGAUGCCGGGUGGCAUUGAUGUGCACACACGCUUCCAGAUGCCUGACAGGGGCAUGACUGCUGCUGAUGACUUCUAUCAAGGCACCCGCGCUGCGCUGGCUGGAGGAACCACCAUGAUCAUUGAUCAUGUGGUUUCUGAACCCGGGACGAGUCUGAUGUCAGCCUUCAACCAGUGGCGGGAAUGGGCGGACAGCAAAGCGUGCUGUGACUAUUCUCUUCACGUGGAUAUCACCGAAUGGCACAAGGGUGUUCAAGAGGAGAUGGAGGCGCUCGUCAAAGAUCACGGCGUUAACUCUUUCCUCGUCUACUUGGCUUACAAAGACGUUUUCCAGCUCACUGAUUCCCAGAUCUACGAAGUGUUCAGUGUCAUCCGGGACCUCGGGGCCAUCGCUCAGGUCCAUGCUGAGAACGGAGACAUCAUAGCCGAGGAGCAGUGCAGGAUUUUGGAGUUGGGUAUCACUGGACCAGAGGGACAUGUCCUCAGUCGUCCAGAGGAGGUGGAGGCGGAGGCAGUGAACCGCUCAGUAACAGUGGCCAAUCAGACCAACUGCCCUCUUUACAUCACCAAAGUGAUGAGCAAGAGUGCCGCUGAUGUCAUCGCCCAGGCCAGGAAGAAAGGCACCGUUGUGUACGGAGAGCCAAUCACAGCAAGUCUUGGUACGGACGGCUCGCAUUAUUGGAGCAAGAACUGGGCCAAGGCCGCCGCCUACGUCACGUCUCCACCCUUGAGUCCGGAUCCCACCACACCGGACUAUCUCAACUCACUGCUAUCAUGUGGAGAGCUGCAGGUAACAGGAAGCGCUCACUGCACCUUUAACACCGCCCAGAGAGCUGUGGGCAAAGACGACUUCACCCUCAUCCCUGAAGGAACCAAUGGCACUGAAGAAAGGAUGUCUAUCAUCUGGGACAAAUGUGUGGUAACUGGAAAAAUGGACGAAAAUCAGUUUGUGGGCGUCACCAGCACCAACGCCGCUAAGAUCUUCAACUUGUACCCGCGCAAGGGCCGCAUCGCCGUGGGUUCAGACGCCGAUCUGGUUCUGUGGGACCCUGAUGUCACGAAGAUCAUCUCAGCGAAGAGCCACAACCUGCUUGCUGAACUGAGGGGCGUCCCACGGGGUCUCUAUGACGGCCCGGUCUGUGAAGUCUCAGUGACGCCCAAAGCUGUGACCCCUGCUUCCUCUGCCAAAACUUCUCCUGCCAAGCAGCCCUCUCAACAGCUCCGCAACCUGCACCAGUCCGGCUUCAGCCUCUCCGGCGCUCAGAUUGACGACAAUAUCCCCCGCCGUAACACCCAGCGCAUUGUUGCGCCCCCUGGUGGCAGGGCCAACAUCACCAGCUUGGGCUAGACGCCCUCCUCCAGCCGACAGGAGAAUAGGGGGUUGGGGGAGAGGGAUGUCUAUAACGGAGGUGUUUGCCACCUUGCCACAUCAAGAACCCUUCACAGGGCCUAUGAUUUUCCACUUCCUCCCAACCCCUGAGCUCUCGCCCGAUUCCCUUGUUUUUCUUUUCCCAACCUCACACCACUUCCUAAAGGAGACAUCUAGAGAGAAAAAAAACAAAGUAUUUGCCUCAUGUGAAGAGAGAAGGAAAAAAUUUAACAUCCACAUUUGAGCACUUCUGAUUGUAUGAUUUUUAUACUGUACUUUCUACCCACCACGAGUCAUGUUAUCAUUUUUGUAUUUAACUUUAUUUGCUUUUUGAAAUCAAAGGGAUCAAGUGCGUGUAUUAGAAAAGCUGUUUAUCAUUGUUACUUAUUAACAAGGUAAGGGUUAGAGUACUGGCUUUCUUGUGUCAUUGUGGCUAAAAGUCUAUUACACUAGGAAUGUUGUAAUUUUUGGAAAUCUUUUAUUACGUUUUUUACUCAAACAAUCAGUUUACAUCAGUAUGAACACCUGACCAUAUUCCGCCCAUGCCCUUUCCGUGGCAUUCAAUGCGAUACUUUCUGUACCGGUCAAUAAAAGACAGCUUUUCCAGUGGUCGCUGAUUAAAAACCAUGUGUUGUUUCACAACUAGAGAUAUUUAAUUAACACUGUUAAUGUAACUGAAGAAGAAACCGCAUGUAAAAACACGGAGCUUAGCAAAGUUGGAGAAAAUAAGAGAGGACCGCAAAUGGUUAUAGCUGGAAACCUCCCCUGUUUUGCCCUCAACCCCCUUUUUUUUUUUCUUUUUUUUUUGCACAAGCUGCUUUAAUACGUAAAGUUUAAGAAGAGGAUAAAGUCAAGAUUGUAUUUGGUCAUGAGAAAAGUGAGCUGUUUAGCUACUGAACAAUUUUGAAUUUGUGUCAGAACUGGUGAAAAAAGUCUGAAUUUGUGAGAUAAAAAGUUGCAAUUUCUUUUUAGCUUCCAAAGUUAGCUAAAGAAAAUGCUGUUACGUCACUUUUAAAGAACAACGUGAAUGUAACUCCAUGAAAUUAGCAGCAAUUUCCUAAUGCACUAAAGCCCAAAGUAUACUUAAGUGUUAACGCAAACACUUGCCGAAUGUUUACAGCCGAACAUGUUGCCUAUCAAAGUAUAUUUCAUUUCAUAGCGUGCGCAAACAUAGCCACAUGCGGAGUAGAACUGAACUAAAAACUUGACAUGUUGCCACCUUGUGGACAAAGUAAUUAGUGCAAAAAAA